AUGGAAUCGGAUCUUGGCAAGCUCUUCAUUGGGGGAAUAUCUUGGGACACUGACGAGGAACGGCUUAAGGAAUAUUUUGGGAAAUAUGGGGAGGUGAUAGAGGCUGUGAUCAUGAGGGAUCGCGUAACAGGACGUGCUCGCGGCUUUGGUUUUGUUGUCUUUGCUGAUCCUUCUGUUGCAGAAAGAGUAAUCAUGGAUAAACACAUAAUUGAUGGGCGCACAGUUGAAGCAAAGAAAGCUGUUCCAAGGGAUGAUCAGCUCAAUAUAAAUAGGCAGUCUGGUAGUGCGCAUGCAUCUCCUGUUCCUGGACGCACGAAAAAAAUCUUUGUUGGAGGUUUACCAUCAACAAUCACUGAAAGUGAUUUUAAGAAGUAUUUUGAUCAGUUUGGUACAAUUACAGAUGUUGUAGUUAUGUAUGAUCAUAAUACGCAGAGGCCAAGAGGUUUUGGCUUCAUUACCUAUGAUUCUGAAGAAGCAGUGGAUAGAGUUCUUUAUAAAACUUUUCAUGAACUCAAUGGUAAGAUGGUUGAAGUCAAGAGGGCAGUUCCGAAAGAGCUUUCCCCUGGUCCCAGCCGAAGCCCGUUGAUAGGAUAUAAUUAUGGUUUGAAUAGGGCCAGUAGCUAUCUAAACAGUUAUGCUCAGGGUUAUAGUAUGAGUCCAAUAGGAGGAUAUGGAGUCAGGAUGGACGGUAGGUUUAGUCCUCUUCCCGGUGGUAGAAGUGGAUUUACUCCCUUUGGCAACACUGGUUAUGGAAUGGGAGUGAAUUUGGAUUCAGGAUUGAGCCCAAGCUUUGGAGGGACUUCCAAUUAUGGGAGCAAUUUAGGAUAUGGUCGACUAUUUAAUCCUUUCUACAGUGGCAAUUCUGGCAGAUAUACCACUCCUAUAGGCUACAGUGGGGGUAAUGGGAGAAGUGAUUCUCUUAUGAACUCGCCUUCUCGGAAUUUAUGGGGAAAUGGGGGCCUCAAUAAUGCAAGUAAUCCUGUCAGCCCUAGCCCUUUCCUAGGAUCUGGAAGUGGAGCUUUUGGUGUUUCAAUUGGAAAUAGUGGCACAGGCUGGGGUCCAUCCAUUCCAGCCCAGGGUGGGGGUGCUGCUUCUGGCUAUGGUACUGGGAAUAAUGUUUAUGAAAGUGGAGAUAGCAGCUUUGGUCUAGGUGGGGCAGGGUAUGGGAGAAACAGCAGUUCUGGUGUGACUCCAUCCUCUACAUUUAAUGUGUCAACUGGCGGUUAUGACGGAUCCUACGGGGACUUAUACCGCGCUGGCAGUGGUUCGGUCUACAACGACUCUGCUUGGCGUUCUGCUGUGUCUGAUAUUGAUGGUUCUGGCUCAUUUGGUUAUGGUCUUGGUGGUAUAGCUUCAGAUGACCCAGUAAAGAGUUCUGAGGGUUAUAUUGGAAACUACAAUGUUACUAGUAGACAACCUAAUAGAGGUAAGACUUUAAGCUACAUUCUUGCUUCCAAAAGAAAGUCAGAGUAUUGGUUAUGA